UCGAACAAGAAACUUAAGGCUGACAUUAAACCUGACACAAUAAAAACUUGGAUCCCCAAAAAGUCUCUUUAUGGAGAGGAAGAAGAGAGAUGAGGAAGAAACGAGAGGCUAAAGAUGAAAAGGAAAAGGAAGAAGAGGAGAAGAAGAAGAGAGUGGAGCUGAUGAAAGCAGCUGCACAGGCUUGGCUCAGCCACUCCCAAACCUCUAAACACACCGUUUUAGAGUUCGAUGCGCAGAGAAAGCAUGCUUUUGUCAAAGGUAAGGCUUCACGUUUCAAAAUGGAGGCCUUGUCCACAAAGCAUCACCCCUCGUUUUUGGAUUGGGAAUUCGGACAGUCGCUUUGGGAUCCGUACGAGAUUAUUUCGGUCUCUAAGAAACUGGAACGCGAACUUACUUUAGAAGAACAAACCUUCUCUUCUUCAGAUAAUGCCCUCGAGAAGAAGAAGAAGAAGAAUAGGGACAGCAGAAACAGUCUUAGAAGUUUGUUUAGUCGUUCUUCUUCAAAGAGAUUUUAACAAACGCGUGAUAUUGUUACUUCCUUUAAAAUUGUAAAUUGUUCUAAACAAAAAGUUACUAGUGUGUCUUCCCUUGGUCUAUUGGUUUGUGCUCACAGUUGUAUCCCGCACCACCAUCAAUGGUUUUUAUCA